CCUAGCUUAGGUAUUACAUGUAGAAGAACCUUGGGUCAAUCAACGAUGACAUCCAGCAGUAUGGGUCUAUCUAACCCCUAUUCGAAAUCACCAAACUUUGAAGGGCUUAAAAGGGGCAUUCGCAUGUAACUGGGGCCCCAGUGAAAAAGAGAAGAUUCAAAGCCCCAAGAAUUUGGAACCUCGAAGAGUGUACCGAAUCGGAUCUAGCGGACUUAAGGUUUGGCUAAAACAGAAGGUGGGGGUUUCCACCAUGGGUUACUACUAAUACUAUCAUUGAUGUAAUUAGUAAGUGUCUACCUCCAGUAAGCUGUAUAAUAUGUAAUUACAUCCAUGGAUACCUCCAAUUCACAGCCUUACACUACAUAGUAUGAACCUUUACAUACAGCAUUUACCUCAUCACGAGGAAUCAAAUCAACAGCAACAAAGAGAAGGAUAGAGCAACUAUCACAUCACCCUGGUAUCCGAAUGAAUCUCGCCACCAUCGCCAUCAUCAUCGUUAACCAUACACAACGUAUGUGGCAAUGAGUUGGGUUUCUUGGAUAAUGCUCGUAGAGAACUAUAUCGUUGGUAGCCUUGUACGUUCCCCGACAUUUCAAAAGGGCGUCCGUUGGGUCCAUCGAACUGUCCACGAUUAUAGACAUGGACGAGAUCCGAGUGCGCCGUUGCGCGAAGGAGAAGCUACCCGUAAGUUGAGGCCUCUACAGCUUAACCUGUAUCGCAAGUGACAAGAACCUGACAACUGCAUGUGUGGUCAGGAGAUCCAAACAAUUCUCGGGUA